GGAGCCGGCGGCGGGAGCCCGGCAGCCGCCCGCAUGGCGCAGGGAGCCGCGCCGGGGGACCGCGCCCUGCCGCCGCCCCGGGCCCCGGCCGCGGCCCCCGGCCCCGCGUCCGCCCGGGCCCCCGGCCCAGCCUCGGCCUCGGCCCCGGCCCCGGCCCUGGCCCGCGGGGCGUGAGCUGCGUGCGGAGCGGAGCGGAGCGGAGGGGAGCGGAGCCCGGUGCGGGGCGGGCGCGGGCCAUGGCGCUCGGCGGCGCCUCCCUGCUGCUGCUCGCCGGACACCUCUGUCUGGCGCGGGCCAACCGUCCCCCGUCCCCCGUCAACGUGACCGUGACGCAGCUGAAGGCCAACUCCGCCACCGUCUCAUGGGACGUCCCGGAGGGAGACGUCAUCAUCGGCUAUGCCAUCUUGCAGCAGCGGCAGGAUGGGCAGAUGCAGCGGUUCAUCCGGGAGGUGAACACCACGAACCGGGCCUGUGUGCUGUGGGACCUGGCGGAGGACGCCGACUACGUCAUCCAGGUGCAGAGCAUUGGCCUGCACGGCGAGAGCCAGGCCAGCAAGCGCGUGCACUUCCGCACCCUGAAGGAGACCGACCGCCUCCCCUCCAACAGCUCCAACCAAGGCGACAUCACGGUGGAGGGGCUGGACAAGGAGCGGCAGCUACAGACAGGCGAGAUCAUCAUCAUCGUGGCCGUGCUGCUCAUGUGGGCAGCGGUGAUUGCGCUGUUCUGCCGGCAGUACGACAUCAUCAAGGACAACGACUCCAACAACGCCAAGGAGAAGGCGAAGCCGUCGUCAGAGCACAGCACGCCCGAGCGGCCCGCGGGGGGGCUCCUGCGCAGCAAGGACCCCCGCGACGCCCCCCGGAGCUGGCUGGAGAGCUGACUGCCCAGAAAAAGUCCCCGUCGGUCAACAUCAUCGAAGUGUGAGCGUGGGGCCAGCGCUGGACCGGUCCAGCCAGAGCAGAGGAAGCUUGCAG